GCCCAAUCUACGCCCUCCUUCCGCCUGUCGCGCCGGUUGAGUUCGAGAUCCCCCCGUUCCAGUUCCCAAAGUGGUGGACUUGGAAGGUCGCGGACGAGGUGCACGCUCGCGAGAAGGUGAUGCUGGCAAAGGUGGCUGAAGGCGACUUAAUCCACGCGGCGUACACCAAGGCCCUGGAGGCCCUGGACGACUGGCCCACCACCAGCAGUGACCUUUUCGUGCACGCGUUCCAUAUGACGGUAGAGUACCGUCUCAGGACAUUGGAGCGUUAUGCCGACUCGAACGGGUUCGACGUGCCGGGGCCUUGGUAUCAGGACGAGUACGGCGACUUCGUUUACACCAUCUACCGGCAGGCAGUGUCAGAGCCGUCAAACGUAAGAGAAUGCAAGUUUUUCAAGGUCGUGGAUUGGCCCACGACCUCUGCCGACAAGCAUGUCGUCGCCACUCAGCUGGUCAUCGAGCACCGUUUGAGGCCCGUGAUUAGUGGUCUAGCUUCCUUAAACUACGCGACUCGGCCUGUAGGCAAAUGA